CUUCAUUUAUCUUUAUCUUUAUUUAUCUUAUUUUAUCUUAAUUUAUCUUUAUCUUAUUUUUAAAUUUCCCACAACCUCGAAUGCAUCCGAAAAAAAGCUGCGCACGCAUCCACCGCCAUCUUUGAAAUCCAGGAAGCGUGUGCGCCUCAAACGCUGAACAAACCUCAAAGUUUCUUCAACCUAAACAACAUUUAACAACACAUUUCAUCAGAGCAUGGCGAGCAGAAACAUGCCGCAGAGCUGCAGCUCUCCUCCGCCGGUGAGAAGCGGCACACAGUCCCCGGUGUCGGUGCAGUCUCCGGGGAACAAAGGCAGCCCAGCGCCGCCGCCGCAGCAGCUCCCUCCGCCGGCAGCAGCAGCGCAGGGAGCCGGGGAGGGAACCGCGGAGGGCCGGGCCGAGAUGACCCUGGACAUCACCAGCUUCAGGAAGCCCGGGGAGAGGACGUUCACCCAGAGAUCACGGCUCUUCAUCGGGAACCUGCCCGGGGACAUCCCGGAGGACGAGUUCAGAAGCAUGUUCGCUAAAUACGGGAACAUAAGCGAGGUUUUCAUCAACAGAGACCGGGGCUUCGGCUUCAUCCGCCUGGAAACCCGGACGCUGGCAGAGAUUGCUAAAGCUGAGCUGGACGGCACUGUUUUGAAUAACCGACCAAUCAGGGUCAGCUUUGCUACACACACUGCUGCCCUUACAGUGCGCAACCUGCUGCCCGUUGUAACCAAUGAGCUGCUGGAACAGGCGUUUUCUGAGUUCGGGCAGGUGGAACGGGCCAUCGUCGUGACAGAUGACCGCGGUCGCCCCACAGGGAAAGGCAUUGUCGAGUUUACAAACAAAGCAGCUGCACGCCAAGCCCUGGAGCGCUGCACGGAGGGAGCGCUGCUGCUGACCGCCACGCCUUGUCCGGCCAUCGUUGAGCCCUCGGAUCAAUUUGACAAUGAGGAUGGACAUCCUGAAAAAGCGCUGCAGAAGUCUGCAUCGUACUAUAAGGAAAGAGAGCAGAUGCCCCAUUUUGCUCAGCCUGGGACAUUUGAGUUUGAGUAUUCGUCCCGCUGGAAAGCUCUUCAUGAGAUGGAGAAACAGCAAAGAGAGCAAGUGGACAAGAACAUCAAGGAGGCCAAAGAGAAACUGGAGGCUGAGCUGGAGUCGGCCAAACAUGAACAUCAGCUCACGUUAAUGAGACAAGAUCUCAUGAGGCGCCAGGAGGAGCUGAGGAGACUGGAGGAGCUCCGCAACCAGGAGCUGCAGCGAAGAAAGCAGAUAGAGAUGAGGCAUGAAGAGGAGAGGAGGAGGAGAGAGGAGGAGAUGAUGAGACACAGAGAACAGGAGGAGCUGAGACGGCACCCAGAUGGCUUCAAACCAAACUACGUGGACAACAGAGAACAGGAAAUGAGAGUGGGUGAGCUGGGCCCUCGUGGAGCCAUUAAUAUGGGAGAUGGCUUUAACCAGGGCUCUCCGGGGCCCACUGGUAACCAGGGUCAAAUGAUGGGCAUGAGUGGAAGGGGAGGAGCCAUUGGCCCAGAGGGAACUGCAAAUAUGGGGUCACCGUUGAUGUCAGAGAAUGGAGCCAUGCGAAAAGAUAGAUACCCGCAGGGUGGAUCGACGGGGGGGCGACCAGAAGUUGAGUCCCCAAAGCAGCAGCAGCAGCAGCCGUUGCCGCAACAGCAGCAACAGCAACAGCAGCAACAGCAGCAACAGCAACAGCAGCAGCAGCAACAGCAGCAGCAGCAACAGCAGCAGCAGCAGCAGCUACAGCAACAGCAGCAGCUACAGCAGCAGCAGCAGCAGCCACCGCCACCAUUGGGCCCUCAAGUCGGACCACCCCCAGGAUUUGGGAGGGGGGGUCCAGAAGGGGGAGUCUUUGAUGGGCCAAACAAUAAGCGCCGCAGAUACUGAAUCCUGUCUGAUCGCGGAGGCGGUACUAAUGGAUCUUUGUUUGGCCCCUGCCCUAUCAUCUAUUUUAUUUUUUUAUUUUUUUAACACUGGCCUGCUCCCACCUCUGGGAAAGUUUUGUGAGUUUUGUAUUUUUUAUUAGAUUUUUCCAGUAAGGCAAGUUGGGACAAGGAGCAUUUAUUUCGUGAUCGAUUUAAACUAAAGGAUAACUCUUUGGAUUGACACUUAUUUGCAAUGUUUAUACGUAAUAUUUUUCAUAUCUUUCCCAUCCAUGUUUUCGGAACGAAAUGGUUUCCUUUUUUUUUCGUCUGCCCUAAUAAACUGUGUAAACAUGUUUCAAAACAUGCCAAGAUGGCCUUUGUGGGAAGUUGAUGCUAUUAUUUUGGAAACACUUUAUGAAGCUGCUGUGUGGGAUUGUUUAAAUAAAAAAAAGAUGAAUUAGGUUGAAUAUUGAUUUGAGUCAAGUUGGUAAUACUUUGUGGUCAUCCCUUUAAACAUACUGUUACUCUUGGCUAAUUAGAUGUACAAGCAUAAAGUGAAUGAAUGUUUCUGCAGGUGCAUCUUGUAUUUGAUGGGAAAGGGAAAUAAAAUAUUUG